AUGCAGUUAAUAAAGAUCCCGGGCAUAAAUCUAGAUGUGUUCUCCAAAGGUGUGAACAAACAAGGAGCGGCGGAAGGUCAUGCUACCGAGGCUGACAAUGGCGGCGACGGCGAUAAGUCGCCGUCCCAGGCAGCUAAUCCGCCAGCGGCGGACUCAACGGCUGCCUCAGGUGAGGGCAUUCUGGGCAAGGAACUCCCUCCGGACGUCGACGAGGACUUGGCUGGACACGAGCUCCUCUGGUCUACACAAUAUACAUAUGAAGAGUUCAUCGAUUCGCUGUCGGUGGCCCACGAGGGCCGAGGAGAGACCGCGAGGGAGAAGAGGCACUGGUCGUAUCCCCGUAGGUGGUUAGUAAAGCUGCACAACCUCAAGAUUGUCAACUGCAUUUCGGAUUCGCUUACAUGCUUCGCUGAGUUCGACUUUGGCGGGUCACGUUCAGAAUGUCGAGUGCAAAUGGGCAGCAGCGUCUGCAUUCUGAAUCGCGGGGAGACGAAGAACUACAUCAGGACUACGGUUGUGAGGAAUGUCACCAAAGAUGUGCCACGGUCGUUCAACUGCGCGCAUGAGUUCGAAUACCGCGGCAGCUAUUUGGACCUCGAGUAUGAAAAGCUGAAGAUCAAGCUUUGGCAGUAUCGUACGACAAACUUGAAUGGAUUGGAGUCUAUAUAUGAAGGUCAGCUGCUGCAGUUCGCCAAAGGUGAUACGCAUGUGGAGAUCCCCAUGUACAAGGGCCUCAAUAAGCAACGCCGCCUGCGAUGCCGCAUCUCGUUCGACCUCUAUUUCCAGGAACUCUACGACUUUGAGCUUUCUUUCCUCAGCUGGCGACUGGCGGAUUGUCCGUCGUUCCUCGAUCUGCUUUAUAAAAGUAAGGAGGCUAUAGAAAAUGUGAAGGCAGCGUCGAGCGGCUCCGAUGGCAAGAACAGGCAACGCGCCAGGAGAAGUUCGAACAUCUCGUUUUCCAUAGUCGACAAAAUGAUUUAUUAUUUCAUGCGCAAAAGAAUCGAACGCGAUUACAAGAAGUCGGCCGAUAUUCGGAGGGAGGCCACUGGCAAUAUCCAAAGCGAAGAUGCGCCUGUGGACGUGGGUCCCACGGACCCUUACACAACGCUGUUACGAAGCCAAAACGACAUUGUAUUCCACAACAAUACAGUGCCUCAGAUGAAAACACGUGAAACUUCCGUGAAGCUCAAAAUACACAUUAAGACCGACUCUGCAUUCAGGCAUGCCACGUCCCUGCAGCUGUCGUCUAUCGUAUCGAAGAACACCCGUGAUGUAUAUUGGGAAAAUAUGGGAGAAAUCAUAUUCAGGGGCACGUUGCUGGACCUGGAGCGUGCAGAGCUCGAAAUAGACAUUAUCGACACAAACGCCCCGAAGGCCGUGAAUAAGAUUGGCCACGUGGUGUUGCCGUUGGCUGGCAUCGUGGACUAUCCUUACCUCCGGAGUAGGCUGUCUAAGCCUAAGUGGCUAACUUUGAAGGCAAGCAUAGAGGGCUGGGGUGCUGUGUUGGAACGGAUGAACUUCGGAACACUGAGUGGCAAAAUAAAAAUUCAGCACAAACCCCGAUACCGCCAGCUUACGAACCCAUCGGGCCUCACCCUAUAUAGCUAUCCUAUUAUGCUUGUUGUGACGAUUGGUGGCGUAGACCAGCUUAUCCUGGAAGAUGAUAAUGCGAACAUCGACUCCUACGUCGAAGUCACGUAUAACAAGUUGACGUACCGUACUUUUAGGUGCAAGAAUAAUCGCGCUCCGAUAUGGAACGAAGAUAUCCUUAUCCCUUUCUUGAGCAACGAUGACGAAAGGAUCAACUGCUCCGUGAUUUUGCAGAGCAGCCCGGUGCGGUUCACCAUUUGGGGCUGCUCAAACCGCGAUAACAAGGUAUUAUACCUGGGGGGCGCGGUGCUGUACCCGUACGAGAUAUUUUAUACGGCCAAGGGGUCUUUGAAACAGCGUGUUAAGAAGACGUACGCCGAAAACGGGCAGUACGGCAACGUGUAUGAGUCACGGGUGUUCGACACUCGCGUUUUCAACGGCCCCCUGAAACUGUCGUUCCUCAACAACGAUGACCGUCAAUCCAACCUCACGGUAUCUGCGUGGUUAUACCCAGACAUGCCGGAUGAGUCGAUGCCGGAGCAGUUCGAUAUUAGACGGUUGCGUUCGGAGCAGAUUGUGUUGCCGUCAUAUCAGAUGACGACCGUUUACCCCCGUCUGCUUGAGUACUGGCAGAAUGUUGUGGAUCUAAAGUUCAAGCCGGUCUGUAAAACCAUAGGCUCCAUCAGUGUCGAGUGCGCUACCCAGACCCAUCCCCGGGUGUACCUGCCGUGCAUCAUCACCCCAAUGCACCCGCCCAUGGGAAUAGACACGCCAAAUGCAGUGUUUCACAUGAUUCGGUGCCUGCCGUUUGUGAAAAGGACGUACGAUAUGAGGUUCACAGCCGACUUCUUGAUGAAACUAAAGGGUGGAAAUGCGUUCGACCACUGCGUGUUGCAGUGCAGCUAUCUCCGAGGGUUGACCCCGCCUGUGGAGGCUUUUAUAUGCGUCGGCUUCACGCAAGAUGGGCGCGCGCACUCUUGGGUGACUACGUUGCAUCCAAAUGUGAACCGGUCAGUGAAGAUGUGGGAGAGUACCACUGGCGAUAUACACGUCCUGAAGAAUAGGCUGGCAUCCGAGGAGGAUGAAAACGACUCCAUAAGCGACAGACGCCUCCGCCUCAAGGUAACCAGUAAGUUUCCGUACAAAAAGCUGCUCUACAUGUUUAACGAACGUAACAUAUGGUUGAAUGUCCAGGGCUUCAGUGACCCGCAGCUGCUGUUAUUCGACGUGGGCAACUUGGAGCAGUGGUAUCCAUUCGUGCCAAACAACCCCAUCAUUGAGCCCACUCACGUUCCGCAAAUAUCUUACGAGAGGUUGAACGAGUACGAGAUACAGCGCGUUGCGCACGACCUUGAGCAAAACUUGGAGCGCCACCUCACCAUCCACCGGUACGCGCAGAACCUGCAAACCAGGUGGAACAAGGACGAGGCUCUGCACAACUUCCUACUCACCGGGUUGAAAUUGUUGCACCAGAUCAACACCUGCCCCGACGUGGAUACGCAGCUGGCCAAGUGUGAGCUGCACGAGUGGAAACUGCUGCUGAACAAAAACAUACCGCAGAGCCACCAGGUGGUGGUGGUUCCACUUCACUUCAAUGUAGUGGACGCUGACUUUAUCGCAGAACAUAUCAAAACAAAGGUCCCUCUAUUGGACUCCCGCGAAAGGUUCAUCACCUUCGCGAUGGCGAGCUGGGUGAUCAGCAUACCCGGCAACCUCUUCAGCGUGUACGUGAUUCUCCUGGUGGCGCAAAAGAUCCAUGAGCGCGUGCGAAUACGGUUGGUGAUGGAGCAGGAGAGGCUGGCGCAGCGCAAGCGUAAGAAGAAGUCUGCAUCGACGGUUGACGAGGAUCCGAACGAUAUUAUGAACCGUGAGGAUAGCCUCAACGAUAGUCUCAAGGCUGCCUUGGAAUCCAAUUUGGAGAUGUCGGGAGAGUAUGAUGCACCGACAAAACAGUUCUCGUCGCUGAUGGAGCAGAUUGAUCUCAAUCUGGCCCAUCAGGAUGAUCAAUUGACAAAACUCUUCACUCGCUCGGUAACUAAGGCCAUUGCAUCAGGCACACAGCAGCCAGCAAAAUCUAUAACCAAGGAACAGUCAGCAUCGCACGAAGAAAGCGUAUCAUCUGACGGCGUGAGCGACCUGAUGAGUGAUGCAUCAAGCAGCCUGCACUCUUCCUCUUCAUCAAUUGCGAUUGACUUCGCCAACCUCAGCUCAUCACCACAGUUUUCAUCAAGAAACGAAUCGGUUGGUGGAGCAUCCGAAGAGAAGCUCCGCACAAGUACGCAUGACCUGCUCAGCAGCGCAAGCAGCAUCAACGCGCUUGAUUCAGGGGUCGAUGACGACAUCAUGAAGGCCCCUAGCUACGUUUAUAACAGGGGGUCAUCCAGCAGUCAGUCUUCGGUGAACUUGCGCAAGGGCAGGAAGUCCGCAUCGGGAUCCUACAAGGAUAGUGCAAUUAAUCCGAACCUUAUCAGCAGUGAGUCCAUCCUCGGGACGCAGUCGAUCUCCUCCUUCAAUUCCGGGCUCGACAUUGGCAGCGGAACAUUCGAGGAGUCUGAUUCAGACGAUCAAAGGGAUUCGAAAGCGUUGUACUCUGAUGAAGAACUCAGCGACAAGGACAUGCCCCCAGGCGAUGAACCUUUGGUCGAUGACACUGCUGAACUCAUCUCCCCGCACGUCAGCCCCAUUGGGAGCGGCUCGUUGUCAAGCGGCAGCGAUCCAAUGUUUGGCGGAGUUGACAGAAUCUACAGUGCGUUACAGUCUAUGUCAUCGUAUGGCCAGAGUGCCACCGUGUCGAUCAACGACGAUGCUGCCAGCGAACCCAUAAGGGUCUCAUCCUCCGAUGAUCUAAAUAGCGAAGCCCGUUCUGAUGCGUCUAAGGAUACCCACAAGGCUCUGUCAUCUGAUGGUUCGUACGUGACUGAGGAGCCACAGCGCCGUGGCUCUGCUAGACGAUUUUUGGAUUCGCUUAGGAAGAUAAGCUCUAGGGUGAUGUCGCGCAGCUCCGGUUAUGGGAACUCAUCGGAGAGUGGUGCGGAUACCUUGCGCCGAUCUACGGAGUCUGACACUUUGCUGGACGACGAUGAUGAUGACUGGAGCGACAGUAUCGUCAGCAGCUUUGAGGAGUCCGCUAGCGCUUCAAACGCAAACGGAUCGCUCGUGAGCGAUGUUACGUCUCAACUCGAGUCCGAGGUGUCGGCUCGUGUGCAUGCAGUUGAGGAUAGCCCAGUGAGCAGCGCCCUGGUGAGCCGCAGCAACACUACCACGGAGAUGAGCAUGUCGAGUUCUACGUUUUCGAACCUGGAAAGCAGUGCCAGCAUACCCAGUUCCGACCAUCAGAGUGCGAGAUUGAACUCAACGUACGAAGACGAAUCUGCAACGACGCAGCGAUCAGUUCACGAGCAACCACAAGCCGCUGAAAGGGUUGUGUCGAUACAGCCGGCUACGACGGAUACUGUCAACGUCCCGCCGCGUAUAGAACGGCGUGGGCGUUUGAAAACAGUCGGUAUCAUUCGGGAAUCCAUGGAUGUGAGUGAAAGACCUAGGGAAAGCGCGCCCUCAGAUGCGGGCUCAGCCAAUAGAGAGAGCUCGCUCUCGUUCCAGGAUUCGCAGGAGGACUCUUCUACCAGCUUCACUGACUUGGAUGCAUACAGCACAGUCAGCAGCGACGGAUCUUCGUCCACCAACAAGGUGUCAUUCGCGAAAACAGCGACCAUGUACUCCGGAGACAGAGGCGUGACACAGGUACCGACGCUGCAAUCGGACACACCCAGCCAACGUCUGGCGCGCUCGCUGUUCAAUAAGUCCAAGGUGCGAACGAAGGAGUGGGAGACACCCCCUCAGCAAACCCAUGCGGUGUGCGACUUCAAGACGACAAGGCGAUUGUUGUCUACGACGAGGGCGGUGGAAUCAGAGCGCUUCCGCAGACGCCUAAAAGCGAACUUCCUCCCGCAGAGUUGGUACAUUGAUGCUGAUCGAUCUCAAUUUGCCAGAUUCGUCAAUGUCUGCCCGUUGUGUGGAAGCGAGGUCGACGAUUCGCAGUACACAUACAUCGCCCAGACCUACUUCUACUUUCUGCAGCGUAAUUUCAAAAAGUGGUCGCAGAAGCGGGACUCGCAGCAAGACGGAUACAGUGCUAGGCCAUCGGGCUUUAACAGAGCAGUUUCUCUUAGGAAGACGCUGCCAGGUGCCGAAACUAUCUUGCGGGGAGCCAGCAGUAAUGAUGGGAGACAACCGCAGCAGCCGCUGUCAACAGACGAUUCCAAUGAUAGCAGCGACUUCUUCGGAGUCGCCGCUAAUACUCCUGAGAUCGACAUUGACGUGCCUAAGCACAUACCGCCAGAGCUGCUUGUCACUGGAUACUACAACCGUUUUUUUGAGGAGCGGCGCAAGCUCGGGUCAGGGUCGUUCGGUCAUGUGUACUGCUGUGUCCACAUAAUAGAUGGCCUUCCUCUGGGCGAAUACGCAGUUAAGAAGCUGCCUGUGGGCGACGAUCGCGAGUGGCUCCGGAAAAUGAUUCGGGAGGUCAAGGUGCGUGAGAGGUUGCGGCACCGAAACAUAGUCGACUACAAUCAUUCAUGGCUGGAGAUGCACAGGCUGAACGAGUUCUGUCCUUACGUGCCGUGGCUAUUCGUGCUGAUGGCCUACUGCAACGGUGGUGAUCUCGAGAAUUUCGUGAAGCGGUUCGGGAAGGAGCUUGAUGACGAAGAAAUAUUCGUUUUGUUGCUUGACAUCGUGAAUGGUCUCUGCCAUUUGCACAGGCACGGUAUUAUAUACCGCGAUCUGAAGCCUUCAAACGUGCUCCUGAACUACAGUCAAAAGGAGGGCGUGUCCGCGAUGUUGUCUGACUUCGGCACAUGUGAGGUACUCGCGGAGCUGGGUGACCGGAAUGUGAUGCGGCAUGGAUUCACUGGGACGGUGGAGUUCACUGCUCCUGAGCUCUUGGAAACGGACCAAUUCGGUGAGUACAGUCUAUGCUACGACACGAAGAGCGACAUGUGGAGCCUGGGCAUCAUCCUGUACUACCUGUGCUACGGGACCCUGCCUUAUUUCGACGAAUCACCCCAAAGGUGCCGCGAUAAGAUACUGCAGCACGAUUACCUUAAGCUGCCGAAAAUGCCGCAGCGAUGUCCGGAGCUGCAGAUGCUGAUAGUGGCGCUCACACAACGUGCCACUUUCAGCCGCCCUGAUUGCGAGGCUAUCCUCUGCGAUAGUCGUGUACUCGACCUGAUUCAUGACGAAGAGUUCAUGAAUGCGGGAAAGGCCAAAAUUGUGUCUAAAGUGACGCAAUUGUGUCAGAAUUCUGCCCCCACAUGCCACCCAGCGGAUGCGAUCAUCCGAGCCUAG